CCGUGGCAAACAACUGCAAAGCAACAUUCACAUUCGUCUGCAAAAAUUUUGUGUAGCAACAGAUGAAAUGAAGUGAACGCUUUUUCUUAUUUGUUUAAAAAUAAAUUUUUAAGUAUGGAAUCAGCAAAACUUGAUGAAGAAAAGUUAAGAGAGGCUGCGUGCUACGGUGAUCUGGAAGCUAUCAAAACGUUACUAAAAAAAGGUGUAAACAUAAAUUCCCAACAUAGCAUCAACGGCUGGACUGCACUUCAUUGGGCUGCCAAGAGAAAUCAACUUGAUGUUGCCCAUUGCUUACUAACAAAUGGAGCGGAUAAGACUAUGGAGAGUUUUGCUAAGGAAACUCCUGCCGAUUUGUCUACCAGUCCAGCUGUUUUGAAUCUCCUUGGUUCACCUAUGACUAAAGAAAAGCCAGAAGAGUCUGAUAAGAAUGAGAUAACUCCUCAUUACUUAGCACAUUUAAACUCUGGAUACAAAGUUGAUCUUCAGGAACACUCAAGAAUAUCCAUGCCACUUCCUCAUGGAAGAGAUGUGGUCCAUAAAAAAGAGUUGGUAUUUAAGCUUCGAAUUGCUUACUCUACUGACAUAGAUUUCAUUGAAGUUGAAAUUGACAGAUCCGAAUUGAAUUACCAGCAGUUCUUAGCUGUCUGUUGUUCAGAACUUGGUCUAAACUCAAAAUAUGUUGAGAGGCUUCGCAAAUUACCCAAUACCAGACUGAGGAAAGAUAGAGAUAUACAAAGGUUACAAGAUUUCCAGGAAAUAGAAGUGGUUCUUGUUGGGAGUAAACCUAAGUUGGCCAUUGAAUCUGAUUCUCCGAAUAUUGUUGGACCAGCUUUGAAGAAUCAAAAUCAAACUAUUCUUUAUUAGCAGCAACAUUACAAUCUUAAUAUGAGAAUUCAUUCGCCAAGUUUUAAUUCCAAUAAUAUUUCGUUAUUAUUUUCCGUUAGCAGAUUAUUUAUUUGCCUGUUCCAUUUCUAUUUUUCCAAGUUUCAUACGUUUGAUUCUUUCAUAUAUGUUAAAUUUUUUAAAUCAUAAAAAUAUUCAGAAUCUCGGUCUAAAAUCCUUUUGAGCCUAAUUGCAAAGAUGUUUGGCCAAUUAUGUACUCCACUUGCAAAUAACUUAUUUGGAUGUCCGUCAUUGAGGUCCACCAUUCAGUCUUCGGUUUUUAAGGGCCUAAAUAACUUGAUAAAUUUGUUUUCAAUUCUGCUAUCCCAUCCUUUGGAAAGUGUCCCUCUCGCCAACUAUCCCCGUCUCCGCAGUCAGCAAGUUUACCGAAUAUUAUUUUAAAAGAAACUCGGUAAGAUCCGUGCAGUUCUUCCUGUUCCAGCACUCCCCUCGAAUAACUUUGGUAAUAACCCUUCCUUUUUUAUGAAUAUUUACUAUUAGAUAAAUUUAGUCAAUUUAUA